GGUCAUAAGGAAACUCACGAAGCUUUCUGUCGACACUGGGAUGAACAACUCACCUUACAUGGUAAUGUCUGUGUCAUCAAUCUCGCGGAACUCACGGGAAAGGAGAAAGAACUCAGUGAUGCAUAUGUCAACCACAUCAUCGAGUAUAACUCAGCUGACAUCACCUAUACCUCGUUUGAUUUCCAUGAGCACUGUCGUGGUAUGAAGUUUGAGAAUGUGUCCAUUCUGACUGAUGGGGUGACGGACAUGCUUAAACUCAUGAGAUACUGCUGGUUGAACAAGGAGAGUGCAAUAUGUGAACAAAGAGGGGUGUUCAGAGUCAACUGUGUAGACUGCCUGGACAGAACAAAUGUCAGCCAGACCGCCAUAGCUAGAAUCGUCAUGGAAACACAACUGAGAAAACUUGGGAUCCUCCCCCCAGAUGAGACCCUCCCCACAAACUGUAAGAGGAUUUUCCAAGUCCUCUGGGCUAACAAUGGGGAUGCCAUUAGCAGGCAAUACGCUGGAACAGCAGCUUUAAAGGGAGAUUAUACUAGGACAGGGGAAAGGAAAAUUACAGGCAUGAUGAAGGAUGGUGUUAAUUCUGCUAACAGGUACUACCUACGUUUCCGUGACAGCUAUCGCCAGGCGACCAUUGACCUGAUGCUGGGUCAGCUGGUCCUCACGGACGCCAUGAUGUUGUCCUCGGACAAGCUGGACUCCUCGGAGGGCGAUGAGGAGGAGGAGGACUCUAACGAACUCCUAGAGAAGGAGGAGAAUCUCAAAAUGCUGAUCGAGGACGCCAAGAAGAUGCUGAUCAUUGAACCGGAACAGUGUAUGGGGGGCUGGAGUCUCAUCAACGCUGACCCACAGACAGGAGAUGAGGACAGACUUGAUAUGGACAUUAUCCUACUCCUCAGCCAGAGGUCGGUGUACGUAGCCUGGUAUGAUGACGAGGAGGAACAGAUCGUACAGUACCAGAGGAUAUUCCUCGAGGACAUCGUCAAGAUGGAGAUUGGUGCCGAGCCUUCCAUUUUCAAGUCAAAGUUUGUGUGUUUGAGAAUUCAUUACCAGCACUAUGCAGAAGAGGGCUUCUUCCAUACAUUUAGAAUACCUCGUACAAGACUCUUCAACAACAUGAUCAUUGCUGUUAAAAACACGGAAGAUGCCAGAGAAAGUCUGAAGGCAAUACAUCAGGCCUUUGCAGCAGCCCAGGAAAUUCUGUCUCUAAAACUGGAACUGGAAACCAAAACCAAGUUGGAUAGGAGGAAAACCAAACCACAUCCUGACAUUCAGAAUAUUUACAUAGAACAACAGGAGAAAACACUGAGUAACUUACACGUACCACGAGAUGUUUCUGCUGGGGAAUUAACCAAACUGUCAGGGUCAAACACACCCAGGUCAAGGUCAAGAAAUAGUCCAAGGUCGGUCAGUCCUGUGAUGUCAUCACCGAUCAGCAGUCCUAGUCAGCCAAGGAAGAAUCUCUUUCCAAACUUCGCAAACAUCACGAAAAAUCUCAGUUCUGGGAUUAAGCUCCCUAAAUUUAAUCUUCCAAAAUUAGACACAAAGACAGAUGCCCAGGAGGAUGCUGGGAAGGCUGAGGAUAAAGCAGAACAUAAAAACAGGAGUGACAACUCUGGACGACGGUCUAGACUCAGCUCGCAUGGAAGCCGAGAUGACAGUGAGAUCGACAUUAAAGACAGAAGUUCGCGAGAUUUCGACGACAUGGUUCUAGCUUCAUGCGGAAUUUUGGAGACUCACAAUAUCUUAAAUGCAGACCUUCCAUUAGAAGAAAAUGUUAACUCUGAACAAAAUGUAAAUUCCAAUACUGAGGAUGACCAGCUUUUUAAAGAAGGCCUAGAGGAAGAGAAAGCUGCCGUGAGUAAGGAGUCUGAGAAAAUUAGUCAAAUUCCAAAAAUAAAGAUUAUAACACCGAAUACGACCACGAGAAAAAUGCGGAGAAUAAUUGACGCCAUUGAACAAGAGCUGCAGGCAAAGAUUGGAGACAGAGAAUGCGUCACACAGUUUAUAUUCUUAUGAAAUUAGUGCACUGCUUUAUUAGUUAAAACACCUGUAGUAUUGUGGCAUUUAUGAAUCCAUGUACACAUGUAUGAUCAU